AUAAAGUAAGAAGAAGAAGAAGGAAGAAGAAGAAUUUUGUGUGGUGAUCGUUCGUUCCUCGGACUUGGAUAUUUUUGCGUAUUUUGGCGUGAAAAACGCUGAGAAAAUGUAUCAAAGUGUCCAUUGUGUGAAAAUUUGUGUACUCACGAACAAAUUGGUGUGAUUCCCUUGCCCGAAGGUGUGUGUUUAGUGGACAAAAUCGUGGUGUAGAGACGUCGUAUUUGGUUUUGUUGUGUGAAAGCAAAAAAGGGAAGAGAAAAUAAACUCAAAAUGGCGACUUCGGACGAUGAGCCAAUGCAUUUGUACGAAGUCUUUCAGAAUUGCUUCAACAAAAUCGCCAAUAAGCAAAAUGGAGCAGAGAAAGGUUACCAAUCAUCGGCAUACGGUGGAAUGGAAAAUGGAAUGUACGGUCCAGAUGAAUUUGCACAUGAAAAUCCUGUUGGGGUGACGAGGUAUGCAUCACCCAAGGCGGUCGGUGCACUGUACCAACCGGAGCCCUACUUUGACUCAACAGCCACCUCGUGGUACGCCGCCCCAUCCUCAUGUGGGGCCUACACACCGCAAACGGCAUCCGCAAACUACCACAAUUCCUCCCACAUGAGCCCCGCAACGCACCAUGGGGGUGCCAGUGGGAGCAAUCACUACAGCAUGUCACCCAAUAUGAGCCACAUGGAAGGUGGGCAGCUAUCGCAAACGCAAACUCUGCCCCCAAUGAGCUCCUUCCGUGGUAGUGGUACCGGCGCUGGGCCCUCGCAGGCUGUCUACAAUCCACAAUUAUCUCUUCCACACAAUCAUCCGCAUUCUGAGCAUAGUCCCGUCCUUGAGACGGCCGGGGAUCCCAUUGUCCGGAAGGCAGCACACAAUAUUUAUUCACCUGAUCAAAAUCUUGCGUAUACAAAUUCAAAUGCAUCAACACCUGUAAAUUCACCUCCACCACUCACAUCGCAGACUCCGCUCCAUCCAACGCAGAAUCCCGUGAUUGCCGGCCAGCCGGGGAGUGCACCGAGUGGUGCAACGUCCUGGCAACAAUUGACACCUGUCCUCAGUACGACGGGCGUCUCUGGCGGGAAUCCCAGUGUCAAUGGCCUCCAGAAUGGGGCCUACACUCCCGACCUGGUGGCCAGAGGACUCAUGGCUAAUCCGCCAGAUACACAGCCAUUAGAUGAUGCCAUUGUUUUUUUGCGAGACCAUUCAGAAAGUACGAAUGGAGCUCGUAUGGAGGAACGAUUAGAUGAUGCCAUAAAUGUAUUGAGAAAUCACUGUGAACAACCCCAACUGCCGAUGCCACUGUCAGGACUGGAUCCAGCAUUUAUUGGAGCGGCAGGUGGGAGUGGGAGUGGACCACCACCACCCGCUGUUGGGAACACACAAAUGAUGCCAUCUCUUCAAAGUGACAUAAAACCCGAUCCAAUGGCGGGCAGUAUAAAGCAAGAAAGACUCACAAGUGGCAAUUCCAAAAAGAGAAAGGAUCCCCCGGAAGCUGAUUCAAAGCCCAGCAGCAGUUCAGCCGAAGGUUCAUCCAAGGGUUCAUCGAAGAGACCGCGUCGAUACUGCUCAAGUGCUGAUGAAGGUGAUAAUUCUGAUCCAUCGUGCAGUAAAGCCGUACGAGAAAAAGAACGUCGACAAGCUAAUAAUGUUAGAGAGAGCAGUAAAAUCUCGCGCAGUUGUUCAAGCGCCGAUGAAGAUGAUGAGGAGCCCGGCCUUAAGGCAAUGAGAGAGAAAGAGAGACGGCAAGCCAAUAAUGCGCGCGAAAGGAUACGGAUUCGGGAUAUAAAUGAGGCUCUCAAGGAGUUGGGGAGGAUGUGCAUGACACAUUUGAAAUCUGAUAAGCCACAGACAAAAUUGGGCAUUCUCAAUAUGGCCGUUGAAGUGAUAAUGAAUUUGGAGCAACAAGUUCGAGAGAGGAAUCUAAACCCAAAAGCAGCUUGCCUAAAGAGGAGGGAAGAAGAAAAGGCGGAAGAUGGAUCAAAAUUGCCACAGCAUCAUAUGAUAUCCCAAGGAUAUCCCUCAAUAUCCGGUCCACACUCCAAUUUAUCACACAACAACAGUCAUUCACAAUAGCACUUAACAGUAUUUUGGCGAUAACAUCGCUAACGUGUCGUGAAUUUUUUUUUAAUCAACAAAUCGACGAAUGCAGCGCAAAGGGUGGAAAAAUUAUGUGAAUGACUCCUGGGGCGGUUGAAUGUUGACUACCACCACCCCUCUCUUCCCCAGGAAUAAGCAUGAAAGUGUUAAGAAGGUGGAAAAAAAAGGAAAAAAAAGAAGAAAAAACAAGAAAAUCACGAUGAAUGAAGCAAAAAAGAAGACAACAAUCAAGAGUGUGUGUGUGGUAAAAAAAAACAGCAAGAGGAAGAAGAAAAUAAUUUAAUUAUAUCAUCAUGAUUGUGUAUAUAAAGUUAAGCAAUAAGGUGUGAAAAAAAUGUCGCGAUUCAAGUUUAAAAAAAAAAGGAAAAACAACAAAAUUUUAAAAUGAAGACAUCCUGCCAAGACGUCUAAUUUUCAUGGAGAGAGAGAGAGGACACGAAAGCUCAUCCCUCGCGCCGGUAAGAGAGAAUAAAUUGUAAUUUGUAUUAAAAGGUUUUUGAGGGAAGCAUGCAACGGGGAAAAAGCAACAAAAUCUCUCUGAAAAUGAAAAGAAAAAUAAAUUUAAAAAAAAUUACAAUGAAGUGAAGGAAAUGAUUAUAUAUUAAACAAAAAGAGAAAAUAAAAUAAAAAAUGCGUGGAAGAAGAGUAGGAAGUAUAAAAGAAAAUUAUAUAUAGAUGAAUAAUUGAUUUCGUGAAAAAAAAAGAAAUAAAAAAAGUUCUAUGUAACAGAAAAAAUAUAUAGAAGAGACAGAAUAAGAAAGUAAAAAAAAUGAAAGAAUCAAUACAUUUUGAGAGAGAGAGAGAGAAAGGUUAAAAAACAAAAAAUAUACGCGAGAGUCGUGAAUGAAUGUUGCUAUAUACAUUUAAAGAAAAAUUUAUAUAUAACAUUAAUUAUAAAUAAAUUAUUAAUUGAUAAGAAAUUGCGACAUCCACAGAAUUCUUCAAAGUUUUAACUUUGAAAAAUAAAAGAAAUUCUUUGAGGGAAAAUCUCGAAAAAAGGCAAUACAAGGAGGAAAAAAAGAAUAAAAAUUUUUCCUCCGUCCGUUUUUACAAACUAUUGAUGUCGUAGCCUCUUAUCAAUGGGAAUAAUAAUGCUAAUGAUGAGCAUAAAGUAAGUAAAAAAAAAGAAGAAAAAGAACAUUUUUAAUUUAUACAAAAAAGCGACAAUUUUGUGAAUAGUGACAAAUGAAAAGUACUUUAAAAAAAACCAUUUCUGCCAUUUUUUUUUUAUUUUUAGUAUCAAAAAAAUAAUUGAAAAGAAGAAAAAAAUACUUAACAUGUUUUUUUUUUCAUGUAGAAUUCAUAAUUAUUUUCUUCCUACUAUUAUUAUACGUCACAGUGAUGAGCAAGAAAAAAUAGAAUAUUUGUAAGAAAAAGAGAAAAUAGGGUGAAUAGAAUUGAAAUGGGGUAAAAGGUAAAAUUUCUUUGAAAAAAAAAUUUAAAAUGUUGAGAAAGAGUUUGAAGAAUAUCUUAAAACCUCUUCAUUUCCUUCAAAACACAUCAGAAAACAAUGGAUAAUUGUUUUCUGAAAAAAAUUGCUAGAAUUUACUUAAAAAAGGCAAAAUUCUUGCAGUUUUUUUUAAAUGUUGCAUUCUUUAGUAAAGAACUUUUAGUUAAAACUUAAAAGCUUUAAACAGUUUGAGAACAAAUGAAUGCCUCAAUACGUUCAAACUGACAAUUCUUCCGUUGAAAAAUCUACAAGAAAAAACUGCUAUAAUUUACUCAAAAAAGGCAAAAUUAUUGCAGUUUUUUUUAAUGUUGGAUUCUUCAGUAAAGAACUUUUAGUUAAAACUUAAAAUCUUUAAAUAGUUUGAGAACAAAUGAAUGCCUCAAUACGUUCAAACUGACAAUUCUUCCGUUAAAAAAUCUACAAGUAAAAAUUGCUAGAACUUUCAGAUUCAACUGGCAGUCUAUUAAUAAUCUCGAAAUUCGAUAAUAAACUGCUAGAAUUUUUAUUCCAAACAGUUCUAAGACUUUCAGUGCUAUUUAGAAGUAAUAAGGCAUUCAAUUAAACGUCUCUAUUCUUUUAAAUAGAUAAUUCUUUCAUUUAAAAAUCUACAAGAAAAAAAUCUGCUAGAAUUGCAUUAGGGCUAUCUACUGAAAAUUGUUUUUCAUCAAAGAGACAGUUCUCCCAUGUAAAGUUCUAUAAUUUAACAAAAAAAACUGCUAGAAUUUGUCGGUCCUUAACAUUUAAAGUCAUUUUUAGAACAAUUUAUUUAGCAAAAAGUGGUAAUAGUUACAUUUUAGUAGGACCUAUAUUUUAUUCAUUAGAAAUUUAUAAAGCUCCAACACUUGAAAUGCAAAGUGAAUUUAUUUUUAAUCCAUUAUAAUUCUCGUCAGCCUAAAAGUUUCCUUUUUUUUUUCAUUUUGAUUAGCUGAGGAAAACAAUCUCCAGAUUUUUUAAUAUAAUUUAAAAAAAGAACUAUUAAGUUUUUAAAUUAUUUUUUUUUAGCAAAAAACGAAAGAAAAUUCAAUGGCUUUCAUUUAAUUUCUUUAAAAGUUUAAGUAAAAUACUUAAGUAUUAAAAAAGAACGUUUUGAAGUAAAUUACUUUUAAUAGAAUAUACUUAAAAAAAUAUAUAUUUUUUUAAUACUUAAUAAUUUUCUAAGUUUUCUAUUUUUGACAAAAGUUUAUGAGCUUUCCUGUUAAUUUGAAGAAUAAAAUCACGAAGCUAACACUAAAAUUUCUGAAGUUAAUUCAAAUUCAAUGAAAAACUUUGUUUUAAUUUUGAAUGAAAGAUGUUAUUCAGUUUAAAAAAAAAACUAAAUUAUCACAGCUAAUCAUAAAAAAAAUCAACAAAAUAUUGAAAUUUUUUUGCUCAUCACUGUUUAUAAGAAAAGUUAAUUAAUUCUUAUAUUUUCACUCUUCUCUUUGUAUUUUUUUAUACCGCAAAUGUAACUUAUGAGACAGUGACAGUCUUUCUUUUUUUUUUUCAUUUUUAUCUAAUAUUAAGGACAUUUUUUAUAUAAAAAAAAUCUAUAUUAUAUAAAUUAGAGAAGAAGAAGAAAAAGUGAAUACGAAAUCAGUUUUAAUUUCCCAAUAAUUAUAUUAGUUUUCUCUGCAAAAAAAAAUAGGAGAAGAGUAAUAUGAAGAAGAAGAAAUCUUAAUACUUUUACUUACUGUAUUAAACAAAAGAAAAAAACAACAAAAAAUAAUGGAUUAAGUAAGUGUUUAGCUAAAUUUUAAAGAAUGACUCUAAAAUGUAUAAAAAAAAAUCUUCGUUAAGGUUCUAUAUUUUCAUUAUUAUAUUAAAUAUAGUAAAAAUGCCUAAAA